AAGUCAAAAUAAAUAGCUGACGUUGAGCCCAAGUCAUUUUACAUGGUCUGACAUGAGUUUUUUUAUUAGUGUUUAAUAAAUUAACAAUGGAAUACUUUAGUGAUCUUAUUGGUUCAUAAUCAAAUAUUGAAGGAAUUACUAGAAGAGAUAAAUAUGGAUAGGUCAUCUAGAAGUGAACUAUUGACCACUAUAGAAUCUCAAAGGGAACAAUUAGCUAAAUAUGGAUCCAAACUUGGAGAUCUCGUCAGAGCGUACAAAGGCUUAUUAAAAGAAAAAGAAGCACUUGAAGCUAGUGUUAAAGCUCUAUCAGCAGGAAAAGCGGAGCCCACCCAGAAAAGUGGUGAAGAUGAAUGUGAAAGCAAUGAAGCAAAGAAUAAGGAGGAAUCUGAAGAAGAAACUCUCCGUAAGCAAAUUAAAACAUUAACAUUGUCAUUAUCUACUGUGACCGAAGAGAAAACUAAGAUGGCAAGCAAUUAUCAGGCGGAGAAAAAAAUUCUAAAGUCAGAACACGAAACAGCGAUUAUAGCAUUAGAGACGGAAUUACAGGAACUGAAAAGAAAGUUUCGCGAAAUAGAAGAAAAAUCUCAAGAGUGGAAAGGACUGCUUAUAAUCGAACAGCACGAAAGGGAGAAAGAACAUUCUAAUUACGCCAUGCAAUUGAAAGAACUGCAAAAGCUAUUAGGGGAAGAAAGACAUAACCGAGAAAUGGCCGAAUCGCUAGCUGAAGAAUUUAAACAAGUUCCAAAACCUUGCUCGAUAGAAGUUGGUCAAUAUGAAAAGAAAGUAAAUGAACUAAGUGAAGAAUUAAAUAUUGUUCGGAAACGGCUGGCGGCGGCGGAAGAAUCGGCUUCAAAACCACCGCCGUUAUUAUUGGAACUACAGAGGCAAAUGUUAGAUAUGAAAGCCGCUCACCAGGUAGCCCUAACAGCCGAACAAAAGAAAACCAAACAAGCCGAAAAUCGGGCGACCGUUCUGGCUGAACAGAACGAACAGCGAGUGGCCACUUUAGAAUGUCGUUUAGCGGAAUUAUCGGAAGUGGUUGGAACAUAUGAAAAGAAUAGAACUGAGGACCAAGAAAAUAUAUUGAGGCUGAAGGAGAGAGUGACGCAGUUGGAUAGUGAAAAUACAGUUCUGGCGAAAGCGGCGGGACAUAAUGAUGAGGAUAAGGAGGAGAGCGACGACGCAAAUCUAGACGUUCAAGGAGUUAUUAAUAAAAUAUUUAAAUUACAGAGUUUGUUAAAAAAGGCAAAUGAGAGGAGUGAAAAGCCAGUCAAUUUAUCCACUUUACUUCCUUUUCGAGAAGAUUCUUACAAUAUAAACGAUGAAGAGACGAUACACAAGAAAUGUCGUGAAGAAUACGAUGGUUUGAAAGAAGAAUUCGAGCGGUAUAAAUUAAGAGCGCAAAGCGUGUUAAAGAAUAAGUGGCAGGAUGCUAAGGACGGAAGCGUUAACAAAGAAGUGGAAACUUUACGAAAUCAAUUAACGGAACAACGGAAGCGGGUGAAAUGCUUACGGGAUUCGUUAGAAACUCAAAAGGACGAACAUAAGAUAACCAUCGAAGAACUUCGAAAAAGUUUGAGUGUUCAGGCGGAAAAGUCGGAAAGGGAAAAGUGUAUUAUAGAAGCCGAACACGCACACAAAUUAGCAGAAUUACAAUUUGAAAUAAAGCGACAUCGCGAGCGAACCGUGUCACUCCUUGCCGAAAAAGAACGGGAGUUAGAUACUUACAGAAGUACACAUUCACAAGCACCAACUGCGUUCUUACCACAAUCUCUUGAUGACCUCGACAAACAAGAGGAUACAGAUAGUACUUUAUCGGCACUUUUGACUUCGACGGGCGACAAACAACUGCUCCACUUCUCCCAUGAGCAAGCCCGCAAGGAUAUUGAAAUUGCUCAACUUAGGAAAACCAAAAACUCUUUAGAGUCGUCCGCUCGCCAACUACAGCAGCAACAAGCUUUCGAACGUUCGCAAUGCGACGAACAAGUUCAGAUGCUCAAGGACGAGAUUCGGCGACUAGAACGAAAUCGUUCGAGGGAAUCAGCCAAUUUAGAAUACUUGAAGAACAUUGUAUAUCAGUACAUGAUAAGGAAUGACUUAGAGACGCGCCAACGCAUGUUGAAUGCUAUAGCGACUAUAUUAGAAUUUUCUCCUAAAGAAAAGCGCAGUGUAUUGGAACAUUUGCAGGGACGGAAGAAUGCUUCAGUGUUGUUUUAAUUAUCACCUUGCCUUUAAAUCCUCUCGUUCUUCAUGUCGCUAAAGGUGGCAAUUUAAGUUUUAAGAACAUUUUAAACUGUGUCAGAAUAGAAAAUAGGCGAACGAAAUAAUUACGGGGCUAUAUUGAAAAUUUGAUCGAAGUAACAAGCGAAAACAUUCUUUAACAUAUUCGAUUUUAAUCUCCUUGGUCUUGUUACUAUUCUAUAAUUUCCAUACACUUACCAUACUUAUUUCAUUUCCUUCUUUCUAGCAAAUU